AUGAAGCAUGGAAUCGCGUUCCGGAAACUCUCCAGGACGACCUCGCACAGGAUGCUAAUGCUACGUGUAGCAGGAAUCUUGUCACUUCUCUUUUCGAACAUGAGCAAAUCAAGACCACUCUCCCGAAAGCUCAGGAAGCUGCGCGCUAUGCAGAAAAGGCACAUAAUUACAAUGGGCAAGAAGGGCGACAGAGGCUCUUACGCCCGUGCUUCCGCGCUGUUGCUCAAACCCGACUUACUCCCCAAACUCUUCACAACAUUCGCCCAAAGAUAUUCCGAACGCUCUGGAGGUUACACUCGCAUCCACAAGUACGGCCACCGGCCUGGGGACAAUGCCCCCCAAGCUAUUCUGGAGCUCGUCGACAAUCCGCGCGACAUUCGCUGGGAAAUGACUUCCCGCGCAGUGGGCUGGGAUGUACUGCGCCAACGGCUGAAGGGCAAGAAGCCUGCCGCGCUCGUUAAUGAGGGCGGCCAAGGCACUUUCCAGAUCGUCGCCAACGAAAGACAGCUUGGUCCAUCUGAUUCUGGUCUUCUCCGACCCAUGACGCGCUGGAAUCUCCAAAAAGUGCUAAAGUAUCGCGGCGAAAACGCAGCAGAACAGCUGAGCAGGAAGGCGGAGGAUUACAUCGACCAUUUGCUUGCGACGCCGGUAGUAUCACGCAACAUCGAGAAAGAGGAGAAAGACGCGUCGGCCGAGAGACAUGAACGCGUCCAAGCUGAGCUGAAGAAACCUCAGAACGAACAAGACAGAAUGGUUCUUGAGGAGCAACCCAGCACUUCUCGUCGCAGAAUACGUUUCUCCCCUGGAAAGGCCCUUCCUGGAGAGACACGCGGUGCCUUGGAGCUGGCCAGAGGUGCCUUGGGGGACCGCAAGCCUUCAUCACCCAGAUUACUCAAAAAACCAUCUUUAUACUCGCGACAUUAG